AUGUCAUCGAUUAAAGAAAAGUCCAUAUCUCCUGCAAUGGUGAAACCGGAGGAGUUUAGCAGCUUCAAUGAUUCCGACGCGCCAUACACUUCGACAAAGUCGCUUCCCGAGGAGAAACAAGGGUUUGCGGGGAGGUUUGUUGACUCGUUCAGGAGGAAACAGGUUGAUGAGUCUGAAAAAGAUGCCAUUGGCAAACAAAUGGCCAAGGGUAUAAGUACUCGUCAUUUGCUUCUCAUGGCGCUAUGUACCGGUAUCGGUACUGGUCUCUUGGUUGGUACGGGUAAAGUGUUGCACAACUCGGGUCCCUUGUUUUUGAUUGUUGGUUUUGCAAUUGUCGGUUCCUUUGUGUACCCAACGUUGCAAGCAGCAGGUGAAAUGGCUGUCAAUUUCUCCGAGUUAUCGGGAGGUUACAACAACUAUCCAAGACGAUUUGUUGACGACUCUUUGGCAUUUGCCGUUACUUGGAACUACUGUAUUCAAUGGUUAUCGGUGAUUUCAAUUGAAUUGGUCACCGCGGCAAUGAUCAUCUCCUACUGGAACACUUCGGUCAACUCGGACGUUUGGGUGACCAUAUUCUACAUUGUCAUUGUGGUUGUCAAUUUCAUUGGAUCCUCGAGUUAUGGUGAGGCCGAGUUUAUCAUUGGUAGUUGCAAAGUCAUGAUGAUUGUGGGCUUUAUCAUUAUGGGUAUAGUUGUCAAUGUCGGCGGAGGUCCUCACGGAGAAUACAUCGGCGGCAGAUACUGGCACGAUCCCGGCUACUAUACCAAUUUCAAAGGGUUAUGUUCAGUUUUCGUCACUGGUAGUUUUGCAUUGGGUCAAACUGAAUUUGUGGCCUUGAGUGCCAGUGAGCAAUCAAACCCGGCAAAGGCUAUCCCAAUUGCCACGAAAUUGGUUGGCUAUCGUAUUAUUGUCUUGAUGAUUGGAAGCUUGACCAUUGUUGGUUUGCUUGUCCCCUACAAUUCCGAUAGAUUGAUGGGUUCUAGCGGAGGCGGAUCCCACGCGAGUCCCUUUGUGUUGGCGGCAUCGUUGCAUGGUGUCCAGGCGGUUCCUUCAAUCAUUAAUGCCGUCAUUUUGAUGUCGGUGACAUCGGUGGCAUCAUCGGCACUUUAUUCCGCUUCGAGAACUUUGCAAUCGCUCGCCGAACAAGGCUUUGCUCCCUCGUGGUUCAAUUACAUCGACAGAAAAGGUAGACCAUUCCGGGCUUUGGUUGUUUGCGCCAUCUUUGGCCUUUUCUCCUUUAUUGCAGCUUACAAUCAACAGGAGACAGUUUUCAACUGGCUCUUGGCCAUCUCGGGUCUUUCCCAGAUUUUCACCUGGAUGGUUGCCAUCUGCUUGAGCCACAUUCGAUUUAGAGCCGCCUUGCGCUAUCACAUGUUGAAAAAUUCCAAUGCUUUGGACUCGUCUCAAAACUCGUUUAUGGGUUUCAUCAAGAGCAUCUUUGUCUCUGACGAAUCCACCGCGUCGUUGGGCUACACCGCGCUGACCGGUGUCUGGGGGUCGUACUAUGCCUGCGUCAUGUUUAUCUUGGUCCUUGUGUGUCAGUUUUGGGUCUCGUUAUGGCCCAAGGGAGGCAACGGAGUUGACGUGGAGAGUUUUUUCCAGGGUUACCUUGGAAUGAUUGUCUUGUUGGCAUUUUACCUCGUUCGGAAAGUCUACGUUUGCAUCAGAUAUGGCGAUUACAGGCUCUUUAUCCCCCUUGAAGACAUUGACAUUAACAUGGACCGAACUCAUUUUGAUGCUGAAGUUUUGGCUCUCGAGCGAGAAGAGGAGCAGGAAAAAUUUAGAAGAUCUCCAUGGUACAAGAAAGUGGUCAAGGUGUUAUUCAUGUGA